AUGUUUGCUCCAAACACAGAUCAGAUGCAUGUUGUGAACCACUGCGAGCUCAAACCUAUGGAGCAGAAGAGAAACAUCCUGCAGGAAAGCGCCCGCAUCGCCAGGGGUAACGUGGCUGAUCUGGACAAGCUGGAUGUGUCAGCCUUUGAUGCUGUCAUCAUCCCAGGGGCCUUCGGUGUGGCCAAGAACCUGAGUGACUGGGUCGUGAAGAAUAAGGACUGCACCGUCCAGCCACAGCUGGAGAAGGUCAUCAAGGAUUUCCACAAAGCUGGAAAGCCUCUGGGCAUGUGCUGCAUCUCCCCCGUCCUGGCUGCCAAAAUCCUGCCCGGCUGUGAGGUCACCGUGGGGCAGGACAAAGAGUGUGAUCAGUGCGUCCUUCAUGACACAGCAGGUGUCAUGAAGGAGAUGGGCUGCAAGCAUGUGAACAAAGAAGUGGGUGAAGCUCACGUUGAUGUCAAAAACAAGCUGGUCCCCACCUGUGCCUUCAUGUGCCUUUCAUAAAGUGUUUGAUGGAGCAGGUGCCAUGGUUACAGAGACUCUGAAACUGGCCUAAUCACUGGUACACUU